AUGAACUCGGACAAAGAAAAUGAGCAACCUGAGACACGCGCAAACACGCCGCGACGAGGCAAGGCUGGCGGCAUGCGCAGCGCGUCGGUGCGUAUGCCGACCCCCGACUCGGGCUCAACAACUGGCAACGGCAGUAAGAGGAGGAGAACGGAUAAUUACGCAAUGGCUCAUUCGGAAAUUUACGAGGAUCGAAACGACGAGCACGAGGAGGAGGAGGAAGAGGACAUGCACGAAGUGGAAACGCCCUCGCAGCCCCCACCCGAGUCAGAUGAGGAAGGCGACCAGAAGUACUACAACCCAAACCAGAACCCCGAGCAGCGAAGGAGACUGCGAGCAAAUAUGCGCGAUAACCAUCGUAUGCUGGAAGAUAAUCGCGAUGACUAUGUUAAAUCACGCGACAGCGGACUGCUUGAUGCUAUCAAGACACAAAACAGCUUGUUUGGCAAGGUGCGACAAACGGCCGACGCUACCGUUGACUCCCGCUUCCUCGUCAGCGCCAGCGACCUAGCAGGCAAGAAGCUCAACAACAGCUUAGGCGACUCUGGUGUAGGCAUCGAUCUGGACCAAUUCGUUUCAAAAUGCAUAUACUUUAUGAAAUCCGGCGGUCACAUCGCAGGCGAGGAAGACGCACCCGCACUAGCCGUAGGCGAUGACGACGAGGAAGAUCCAGAUGGGCUCGACUGGGCAUUACUAGGUCGGCGAGCAUGCUUCCCGCGCAACAGGCGACCGCCAACAUCAAGUUUUCUGCUCGGCCCACUCUCAGUUCAGAGGCGCGUUCGUGUAACUCAAAAGAAAGCUCGAUCGCAACGGCAACCUCUUGGUCCAGCAACUCGACCCCAGGAGAUCCAGACCGGGGACAUUCAGCAAAAUGAGAGCAACAACUUGACGACGUUGGUGAGAGGUAUCAGGUCACGCUUGGCACAGCAUAUCACAGUUUCCCAAACGUUGGUUGAAGAAGAGCUCGGUGCAGAAGAUGAGGUGACUGAGGAAGCUCAAACCGCUGCUCUUGUACGCCACAGGAUCGCUAUGACCAACGACCAGGAAGCCGCAGUUAGUCUGCUUGAUUUCGCAAUAAACCCUCACGACUUUGGGCAGACGGUUGAGAACCUUUUCUAUAUCAGUUUCCUGGUAAAGGAAGGAAAUGCCAAGAUAGUCAAAGACGCACAUGGACUUCCGCUACUUUUACCUGCAGCACCCAGUGGCGUUUCAGAACACCGAGAGAGAGACGUACAAAAACACCAGGCCGUGUUCAGCCUCGACUUCCCCUCUUGGCGGAUGUUCAUCGAAGCAUAUGAUAUCACAACACCGCUGAUACCUCAACGCCAAGUAGAAGAGGCAACAGUUGGCGCCAACGGCUGGUACAACGGCUGA